AUGGCUCGUCAUGAGAAUCCGUUUGAUAUGCAGAUCAAACUGCUGAUGAUCGGUGACAGCGGUGUGGGAAAGACGUGUUUGUUGUUACGCUACGCAAACGACUCUUUUUCUCCGACAUUUAUCACUACCAUCGGUAUUGACUUUAAGAUAAAAAAUAUAGAGCUGGACAACAAGAAGGUGAAGCUUCAAAUUUGGGACACAGCUGGUCAGGAGCGCUUUCGCACCAUCACGACAUCAUACUUUCGCGGCGCGCAAGGCAUAUUAUUGGUGUAUGAUGUCACAGACCGCGCAUCGUUUCAGAGCAUUCGCAACUGGGUCAUUAGCACGGAGGAGGGUCAGGCAUUAGCGGACGAGUACGGUGUCAAAUUUUUUGAGACAAGUGCGAAGAACAAUAUUAACGUGGAAGGCGGUUUUAUCGAAAUUGCGCGCGAAGUAAAAAACAGACUUAUGGAAGAGGGUGGCUCGCACAAAAAAGACAGCGUCAAUCUUAAUGCAAAGCCGGCUCCCACAAUCUGUAUCAUCUUUGGCAAGGAUUUACGAUUUGAGUUUUUGACGGAAAAUUGUUCAUCGAAAAACGACGCUUCGCUUAUGGUCAGCCCAAAGGAAACAGUAAACAAGCCCAGCAUUGACGAGUUUGUGCAGGGUAAAAUCCUUGGCGAGGGUAAUUUUUCGCGUAUCAUAGAAGCCACACACAAGACAACGGGGGAUAAAUUUGCUCUAAAGGUCAUUGAAAAACAGCGGAUUAAACGAUUACGUCUGCGUCAUCAAAACAUUUUUAAUGAGAUCAAUAUGGAAAAGGACGUUCUCAAUCGCUUGCGUCACCCGAACAUCGUUCGAUUGUACCAUACAUUCCAGGACGACAAUAAUCUAUAUUUCUUAUUGGAUCUGCUAAGCGGUGGAGAAUUACUUUGCCAUUUGCUUCACAAUGGACGGCAGCAUGGAUUGGAUGAGAGACUUGCACGUUUCUAUUUGGCAGACAUCGUGAAUGCAGUUGAGUAUAUUCACAGAAAUAAAAUACUUCAUCGCGACCUUAAACCAGAAAAUAUGGUGGUUUGCAAUGACGCGGGUGGUCAUAUUAAGCUUAUUGACUUUGGCACAGCCAAAAAUUUAGAUGACGAGAAGCUUAAUGGACCAAAUUUCGUUGGCACGCCAGAAUACAUGCCUCCGGAAACGAUUGAAAACCAAAAUCCGACCUACGCUAGCGACAUGUGGUCAUUUGGUUGCAUCGUAUUACAACUCUUGACAGGGGAAACACCUUUUAGCGGUGGCAGUGCCUAUCUAACCUUCCUUCGCAUUCAAAAUGGAAACUACUACAUGCCAAACUUCCUUUCAGAAGAUGCCAAGGAUUUGAUCAGCAAAUUGUUGCAGAGAGACCCGAAAUCGCGACUUGGAGGCACAGAAACCAAUGCUAUGAGUGCAGUCAAAGCACACCCUUUUUUCAAAGGCAUCGAUUUUGACAAUCACAUGUUAGCACUGCCACCUAGUAAUCACUUUUGUGGCUCGAAGCUGUUCUCGCUUGUUAAAAGCCUUGUUGACGCAGAAUCGAAACGAGAUGCACAACAUCCAUUAAGUUAUGAUGAUGAUCUGUUGCAAAAACAAAUUGAGGCACAAUCAUCACGAGACAAAAGUAUACUGAUGCAUAUUCUUCGUCGCCAGCAAGUUUUGCACUUGCCAGGGAUGUAUCCUCGCUUCUUCAGCUCAGUAAGCCUUGGUCGAUGUAUGUAUGCACGUGACCAUGUAUAUUUGGGACUCGAACACGAGCUUCAAAAUCAGUGGACUGAAAAUUUCUCUUUUAUGCUGCUCUCUGGACCAAAGCUUGGACUAGCCUCUGCUAUAGCAGAGGCAGACAAUAGAGGAGGCUCUACAUGGGAAACAGAAUUGGCUACAUUCCUGGACGCAAUAGACAUUUUGAAUUCCCAACGACCGGCUUUUGUUGUGAUAUGUGGCGAUUUUGUAAAUGCUUCUCCAAGUCAAGAAUUCUACGAUGCUCAAGUCAAAGCUUUUCAGAAACUGCUUAAUCAAUUGAUACCUGCAAUCCGCCUGGUAUUAUGCUUAUGCCUGAUAGCUAGCCACUUACUUAUUCAAGCAUUUCUUAAUUCGCUAUUUCGACAGGUUUUCGUAGCGGGCUGUAAUGAGUUUCGCGAUCAAGACGAAUUUAAAAAGUAUCAAGAGCGUUUUGGCGAUGCCCGAUUCAGUUUUUGGUUCGGUGGAAUCAAAUUUGUCGUGGCCAAUACAGCAAUUCUUUGUGGUAAAAAUUGGUCAAUUGAAGAGGCAGCUCAAGCAGAAUGGAUAAAAUUCGAACUAAGCAACGGAAAACUGUGCGCUCGUGGCACAGCGGUGAUAUCAGGUCACUCUCUAUCUCCAAAGACAUUAGGCACUGCUGAUGUCGAUACUACUGAGAGCACUCACGAUACUCAUAACGAUGAUGUGCCAGAACAGUUUCGAGCAAAGUAUUGGGAUAUAAUAAAGAAUGGCCAAGCUUGCAUUCUGAUGAGUGGAAGCUCGCAUACGAACAAUGAGACCAGUGUUGUGAUAAAAGCAUCCGAAGAAGGAGCUGACGAGUACAAUUGCGACAUCGUACGAUGCAAAACGCCGUGGGGUGGAGCCUCUAGCGUCAUAUAUCACACCGAGGUGUCACAAUCCAGCCUCACCUCGAAGCCAAUCUAUGUGGAGCACGCAAGUGCUAGGUUCAGUCCAAGUCCUAUCAAGGCAACUCAAGGCAGCUCUAUCGCUUCCGAAGAAAAUGAACAACAAUCGGUCUUGGCCAGCGAGAUGGUGUCACUCAGCGUCAGUUUAGCAGAUAAUUAA